AUGGAUGAGGAAAAGACGAAGGGUAGCCAGAAUCCGCUCGAGUGUGGCGUUUGCCAGAAGGAAUUCAACAACCCGGUCCACCUGCCCUGUCUCCACGUCUUCUGCAACGGCUGUAUAGGCGGAGAAGCCGGAGGCACGUCACCACGGCCGCUAUGUUGCCCGGAGUGCCAGGAGCCGCUGGGCGAGUCGCCGCCGAUCGACCUGCUCGCCAAGUACCUCGUCGACACGGCGCACGAGCCGGCCGAGGUGUGCGCAAAUUGCGAUCAGAUAGCGCAACCCAUGUUCUUCUGCGAGACGUGCCAGCAAGCCCUCUGCGUCGGCUGCCGCCAGAAUACGCAUCAGGCCAAAAUGUUCUCCACGCAUCGCAUGAUCUCGCUGGAGGAACGGGCGAGGGUCAGGGGUCGUGUGAGCUGCGCGCAGCACGGAGAGCCCUACAUUUUGUACUGCGUCGACGAGAAGCGGCUAGUCUGCAUUCAGUGUUUUAAUGGGAGACCGCUGGAGUCGAGACACAGCUUCGUCUCGAUCGAGACGGCCCACGCCGGAAAUGUGGAGAAAAUGGAGAAAUGGGUCAACAAGCUGCGGCUAUAUCAGCUCGAAAAACGCGAGGAGGUGGAUGUGCGGAAGCGGAUGCUGGCCGAGGUCGAGGAGCGCUUCAGCCGCGAGAAUUCUGCCAUCACGCAACUCUGCCAGGACAUUCACGAAUCGGUCAACUUUGUGCGCGACACCACCCUCGAGCAGAUGGGCCUCGGCAAGAAGGAGCUCGAGGCGGACUGUCGCGCUCAGAUGGCCGAGCUGAACAGCUUGAUGGCCCCAAUUCGGCUCUACCUGCUCAGCUCCCAGAUUCUCUGCUCGUCGGCGUCGAAGAUUGAUUUUCUACAAUUUUAUGCCGAUCUCGUCAAGCGGAUACAAGUGGUUCUUGGCAAGUCGAUCGGCCGCCCUCCGCUGCUACAGUGGAAAGACAUCGACUCGAUCAGGGCCGAGUUGGCCAAGGCGCUGGAGCCGCACAUCGGGAUGUCAGCCGCCUGGAUGCCCCCGCCGGCGCGCGAGGCCCGAGAAGGCUCCGGAAGUGCGAGUUAUAAAGGGAACCGAUCGCUGCCCCAGCACGGCUUCCAGGGCGUCCUCACCAAGUACCAGAUCAUGGUCGACCUCGCCGGUGCCUUUGGCGAACACUUUGCUCGCAUUGAUAUGCCUUUAAAAGACUUAUCGAACGAGCUGGCCGACCUCUCGAAACGCGUCCAAGAAGCGCAGCGAGAUCUAACGCGCCGGAAGGUGCUGCUCAAGCCGAGCUACAUCGAGGCGUUGAUCGAACGUUGUGCCACCGUCGACUCUCGCCUCGGCAUGCAUUCGGCCGUCAUUUCCGAGCUGCAGCCAGACUUGCAAGAGCUCUGGCAAGAAGCCUUGGAUCGGGUUCGCAGACAGCAAAUUAUGUACAGGGAAAAGGUGGAACUUUCAAUGAGACUACGCGAGACGGCACGCCAAGUCCUGACCGCCGUCAAGCAGUUGGCCCCGUUUGCCAAGUGUCUGGAGAGCAUGUCGGCCACCAUUGAUCCAAAGCGCUGUCAUCCGCCAGAUCCCGCCCCGAUGGAGCGCAUUUGCCUUCAGAUCUCGACGCUGGAGCCGGACUCGGAGCGAAGGAUACAGGCAAUAGAAGAGGAAGAAAACAACCGUCGAGUCGCGCAAGAGCAAAAACGACGCCAAGAAGAGGAGCAGCGCAGCGCUGUUGGCAAACUUCACAAAGCUAAAGGCAAAAAGAAGGCCACGCCGCUGCUGAUGAUUUCCGGCGAUCGAGAGCGGAGCCCCGGCGGCACCGACUCGAUGCUGAUCAGCCCGCUCGUCAAGAGCCCUCAGCCGACGAUUUGCUGCGGCAACCUGUCCGACCAGACCUACGACUCGGAGGACGAGCUGCCCGGGCCCUCAAAUGCCAACUCCGUCACCUUCGCCCUGCCGCUGCAAAAUGAGCCGGACAGUUCGCUAUUCGAUUCGCGAGCGAUGAGGUCCCCAUCCCCGACAACUGUCAAAAAUAUUGGCCAGCUUCUCCUCAGCUUGACGCAAAACAAGCCGGAAAUCGCCGUCUCGCCCACGCCAACAGAGUCCGACUGGUCGGUGGCUAGCCAGGAAACUGAGGAGCUUGAAAGGCUGAAAAAGAUCUCCGAAUCCGGCACGAUGAAGGGCAAAUCGAAAAGGGCAAAGGAGCCGGUGAAAGAAAUGCCUAUCCCGACAAUCGGCAUCAGUAGCGACGCGUUGGCGGGCCGCAUCACGGCCAACGUCGAAAAUUCCCGGGAUACGGUUUUGCGGGCGCUGCACGAUGUGUUUUCAGAAAGGGCCGAGGAAGACACCGUGGUCGUCGAGCGGCCGAACGUGCUGGCGAGCGCGGUGAAGGAGGCGGAGAAGCGGUUGAAGGAGAAGGAGCCUUCGAAAACCGGCCCAAGCCGUCCGACCGGCUCCCGGCGGAAAACGGUGUCGAUUAGCGAGACGAUGGCGGAGGUGAAGCUGAAGGAGGAGGAGGAUGGGUCUCUGAUCCCGAGGCCGAAUUCUACGCCCGUUCCGCUGCCACCACCCCUUCCGCCGAAUCACCCAGAACCGGAACAACGCAAAAAGGAAGUCGUCCUGAAGCCGUUUGAGGCAAGGGAAAAGGUACAGCAGCGGCCGUUCCAAAUGGCGCCGAUCCUUCGCUACAAAUGCUUCAACUGCCCCAGUUGCGAUCAGCCCUUCGAAAGCCAGCGCUUUCUCGCGAAGACGCCGAUGAUUGGCUUGACGGCGGGCCAGAUGCAGAUCUUCUGCCGCGAUGCCCUCGAUGAUGUUCGAGCCCCGGCCCACUGGCUAAUCGACCUGCUCGCCCAGCCCGCAUUCGAGAAGAAGUCCGGCGGAUACAUCAUGCACGGCAGCGCAGAACUCCCGCGCUGCCCCGGCUGCGAUCGCUUCGUGAUGAGCGUCGACACGCGCCGCCCGCAUUUCCUGAUGUGCGGCCACCUCAUCUGUGAAGGCUGCCUCGCCACCAGCCCCGACAACCUGUGCUUCGCGUGCAACGCCUUCUUCGGACACGACGCCAACCCGCUGUGCAAGCCACUCGUCGCCUUUGCCGCCCACCUGCUCAGCGAGAAGCCGGCCGACAUCGUGGCGCUACUGCUGAAGGAAGAUGCGGAGAAGCCGGAUGUCCCCCUGGCCGCCUAUAUGGAAUGCGGGGGUUGCGAGCUGCAGAUGCCGAUCGGCGGCCUGAUCCAGUGCAACGACUGCUCGGUGGUGGCCUGCGGCAGUUGCUUCAUCAGGGACCAUAAGGAGCACGACAUCACGGCACAGCUUGGCAUCGAACUGUCCACCCUCCACGCGCAAACGUCUGCCCACGUGCUCGGUGUUUACGAGGGAUACCGCAAGAAUUUCCAGCACCUGCACGCCUCAAUUCUCGACGGGCUGGACGCGAUGGUCGCCGCAGGCGUCGAGAAGUUGAAGGACGUCACCGAGCAGCACACCUACGACGCCGGCAAAGAGGUCGCCGAUCUGAUCAGCCAGCUGACCGCCGACUUCGAGACGCAAUGCGAGCUGUACAUGCCUGUCGCCCGCAAGUUCAACGACCACCUCAUCGACGUCAAGGAGCAGAUGCAGAUGAAGGAGCCGGACCCCCAAGAUUCCGAAAUCGCCAAUGAAGCU